AUGGCCGGUGGAAAAGUCGAGAGACGAAUCUCACGCCGGAAUUCUUUCACCCCACCGCCGUUUGUUCUUCUUCCUCGAUCUGCACCGCCUCGCCUUUUCGAUUACAUCCAUCCCAGGGUUGCACAAAGUUUGUCGAUUUCCAGGAUGUCUUCAGCGCAAGAUCCGUUCUACAUUGUUAAAGAAGAGACGCAGGACUCUAUUGAUAAGUUGCUAUCUACAUUCCACAAAUGGGAGCGUAUCUCUCCAGGCAUGGGGGAUCAAGUUCAUGUGACCAAGGAGCUUCUUGCUAAUUGUAAAAGCAUCAAGUGGCAGGUAAAAGAGCUGGAGAAAGCGAUUACCGUUGCAGCGAAAGAUCCUGCAUCGUUUGGCAUUGAUGAAGCUGAGCUUGAAAGACGGAGGAGAUGGACUAGUAAUGCUCGGACACAGCUGCGGAAUGUGAAGACUGGUGUUUUAGCUGGGAAGGGCAAUACAGGAGCUGGUAAUGCAAGUGAAGUACGCCGAGAGCUGAUGAGAAUGCCAAACUCGGGUGAAGCAAACAGAUACGAUCAGUAUGGAGGAAGAGACGAUGACGGUUUUGUACAGUCAGAAUCAGAUAGGCAGAUGCUGUUGAUAAAGCAACAAGACGAUGAGUUGGAUGAGCUGAGUAAAAGUGUACAGAGAAUCGGAGGAGUGGGGCUUACUAUACACGAUGAGCUCGUUGCACAGGAGAGAAUCUUAGAUGAAUUGGGUACAGAGAUGGACAGUACGAAGAACCGGCUGGACUUUGUUCAGAAAAAAGUGGGGAUGGUGAUGAAGAAAGCUGGAGCGAAAGGGCAGAUGAUGAUGAUAUGUUUCUUGCUCGUCUUGUUCAUCAUUCUAUUUGUUCUCGUCUUCUUGACCUAA